GGAGGGCCAUUGUUUGAAACAUGGCAAAUUUUGAUGACACAUUGCAAUCGUCAGUUCACUCAGGAAAAUCUCAGUUGUCCGGUAUCGUUUCAAGAGAGUCAGAUUGAUGUUAAAUCAGAAAUUAGGGAGGCUCUUCAAUCUCCACCACAAGGCGGCUGCCGAGAGCUUGCCACAGUCCUUACUUGUGCGCAAGUCCUCCGUAAACUCCUUAACGACGACAACACUUGUGAGGAAACUGUAAAGAUUGCCCAAGACAGAGUAAAACUUUUCCUCCUUCAUGGUGCACUCCUAAGGAAACUUCCCUUGAAAUACAGAGCACAUAGUAUAAAAGGGACCUUGCUAAAUGAAUUCUGCGAGGAGAAUGAUGGCAAAGUUUUCCCCUUCGACGAGAUUCACACAGGUUUAUGGCAGAUUUUAAAGCUGAUGCAACUCGCUUUGGAAGACGCACACCGAGACGAGAGUGUGGAAAUUCCAUUGGAUAUGUCCUCAGUAGCAGACUUAGUGGACGGACGCUUGGUUCAUGUUCUCUCCUUUCGUCUUGCGAAACAAAGGUCCAAAGAAUCCGACGAACUAGGUCUGCCCGAGGAUGUGAUAGGAGAAGCAGAGUGUGCGUGGAGGAAAGUUGUUUCGCUUGCAAAUGGAUCACGUCAUUCAAAUUUGCUCGAAUCUCAGUUUUUCCCUAUGUUUGACGGGAUUGCUACUGGCCUUCAUCACGUAGAAGAGGGCAAUUCAGACCAUGAUGCUUGCUUACAGCUCAGGAAGCUCCUUGAAGUGGACAGUGUUCUUGUAAAUGAGUAUGCUGGGGAUAUCAGAUCAAGAAUUAACGCUAUGGCUGGAGAUGAAGCUGUAAAUGAAAUAUUCAACAGCGGAAAGGAAUUUGACGAACGCUACCACUGGCAUGCUCUUAAGCCACUUACCGAUGAUUUUGAAAGGACGAAACAACAGUUUAAAGACAAGCCUCCGACCGAUCCAAGAGAGAGAAAUCGGUAUUAUAAAGACAAGAUGAAGCAUGUUCGCUAUCAUAGACUUUAUGGCAACUCACUCGUUGGUGGUGUCGAUAAUGCAAAAAUUAUUACCGUCACUGAAGACGGAUCAAGGAAAAAAAGAGGAAAAAACAAGGAUUUAAAGAUGGGGAAAAGGAAGAAACAGAUCAUUGAAGAAAAUGAACGAAGGAUUGAAGGGCAGUUGAAAGAGAAAGAUGAAAAAAAGUGGCAACAUUUUCAAAAAGAGAUUGUUAGGAAUCUGAAGAAAGAGAACCACGACACUGUUCUUCAGUCGGUGGAUAAGUACCUCGCAGAUUGCAAAUAUCCACACCUUCGUCUUCAUGCACUGAUGGAAAAAGCAAAGACUUGCAUGGCAGCCUGGCAACAUACAAGAACUCUUGAUCCUGAAUCUAAUGACAUGAAAUAUCCUGUCCUUCUGAUGGAAAGUGUUCAGAAAAUAGCAUAUGGCUACCAAGACCUUCUCACCGUUGAGGACAAAAAGACACUAUCUGGAUUUAUGCAGAAGCUAGGAUUUAGUGAUAUCGCAUCCAUGUUCUACGAUCGAGCUGAAGGACGUGAGAGCAAGACUAAAGAGCUAUGUGUUCACACCUCAAGCGUAAGAUUCCAACUCGAGCACAUGGGCCAUUUGCUGAAAAGGUACGAAAGAACUGACUCCGACCCCAGGGUGGACCAUUUUAUUCCAGAUACAUGGCAGCGUGAACUUCUUAACGCCGUGGAUAAAAACGAGUCAGCAAUAGUAGUGGCGCCCACCUCGUCAGGAAAGACUUACGCCUCAUACUACUGCAUGGAGAAAGUGUUGAGGCAAGACAACGAUGGUGUUGUGGUCUAUGUGUCCCCAACGAAGGCCUUGGUGAAUCAAGUUGUUGCUACAGUUUACGCUCGCUUUCACCGUAAACAACUUCCAGAGGGAAGAGCAGUGUAUGGUGUUUUCACCAGGGAUUAUCGAUUCAAUACGUUGAACUCUCAGAUUCUUGUUACAGUUCCUCAGUGUUUGGAGAUACUUUUUCUCUCGCCCCGUCGACAGGAUUGGACAAAGAACGUUAGAUACGUGAUCUUCGACGAGGUUCACUGUCUUGGUCAAGAGAUUGGUGCUGAAGUUUGGGAGCAUCUCCUUUUACUUAUUCGUUGUCCCUUCCUGGCACUCUCAGCAACCAUUGGAAAUCCAGAUGAUCUCAUGCAGUGGUUACAAGCUGCCCAAGACUUUCGUGAACAGCAAGACAAGCGAGAAAGUGUCAAGCUCAGGACGUCUUAUAAAAUAAGGCUGGUUACUUGUCCUGAGAGGUACUCAGAUCUAGAAAAGAGCAUAUACCUUCCAAGUCCCAGUAAUGGUGGAUUUUCAAGUGAGUCAGGAGAAUAUGAAGGUACUUACGAUCUCAAGGGCAUGGAAGAGUUUGUCAGACUUCACCCAUGUGCACAGCUCGGAUUCAAACAGCUGCGAGAAAAUUCUUUGCCUGGUGAUAUGGUUCUCACUCCACAAGAAACUCUGCAGCUGUUUGACGUCAUGGUUCAGCAGUGGCCUGAAAAGGAAUCAUUACAGGAACUUGUUCCAGAGAAAUAUUUUUUGAGAACUGAGUUUAUCCAAAAGGACCAUGUUCGGCGAUACGAGGGUGAGGUAAAGGUAGAGUUCAAGUCCUGGGCGGAUGAAGGGCAGGUGGAAAAGGUGAAAUCCGUCAUUCGGUCGUUAAACAAUGAGUGCAUACAAAAGCAGUUCUCAACCGAGGAGGAAUGGAACAAGCAGGAAAUGCCUUCAUCUGGUAGAGAUUUCAUCCGGAAUAAUUUUACAAAGCUCGUUGAUCAGCUGAGAGCUCAAAAUAAGUUGCCAGCCCUGGUUUUCAGUUUUGAUCGUCAGCUGUGCGAAGUUCUGGCGGAAGAUCUCACUGUUGAACUUGAAGAACGAGAAUUAGAUCUGAAAGCACGAGCUGGCUUGAGAAGAGCAAAAUGUUUGGAAAAGAAGCAAGCUAAAGCUGAAAAGAGAGCUAAAAGGGGAAGAGAUUCAGCUGAGAAGCGCAAAGGAAAAAGUGGCCAUACAGAGGAGCAAGAUGAGACGGACUUUUCAGUGUUGAACAGACCUCCACGAGAUCUCCACGAGACGGAGCUGGCCGAUAAACAUGGAAUUAUUCACGAGGAUUUGAACAAAAUCAUGAGUCGCAUUCAAAAGCACGCAGAGAAGAGUCAAGGGGAAGCUGACAAGAAAAACAGCAAAAGAUUGAUGAAUGAAGGAGAAGAUGAAAAUGAAAAGAAUCUGGAUAACCCUUUACCUGAAUGUACACUCGGCUUUACACACGGAAUUGGAAAUGAGGAACUCAACAAGAUAAUGAGUCGUAUAUGGUUUAUGCACAGCAGAGAUCCAUUCAAACGCGGCUUGAAACGAGGAAUCAGCUACCAUCAUGCUGGAUUAAACAACAAAAUGCGAAGCGUCGUGGAAAUGCUCUUUAGGGAGAGGUAUCUUCAGGUUGUCACGGCAACAGGAACCCUGGCUCUUGGUAUGCAUAUGCCUUGUAAGACAGUAGUAUUUGCUGGAGACUCUCCAUUCCUUAACUCGCUACAGUACAGACAGAUGUCUGGAAGAGCGGGUCGAAGAGGCUUUGAUCCCGUGGGAAAUGUUGUGUUUUUCGGACUCCCUUACCGUAAAGUCCAACGCCUCAUCACCGCAAACGUUCCAAACCUUGUGGGAAACUUUCCCAUCAAUGUAUCACUGGUACUGCGCCUGCUCCUAAUGACAUCAAAAGGAGACGAUCCACAAGAUGCGUUAACUAAGGCUCUGACCCUGCUGUCUCACCCUUUCAUCUGCCGAAAACACCCUGAGAUGGAAAGCCAAAUCAAGAAACAUUUCCUAUUCAGUGUUGAACUUCUUACCAGAUUGGGUCUUGUAAAAGUAGAAAACGGAGCUCCGCAAGAGAUGGCAGGAUUAGCGGCCCAUCUUCACUACCAUGAACCUUCCAACUAUAUUCUGGUCAGUUUUCUAAGACGUGGUCUCUUUCACAAGUUUUGUGAGCCAGGGACAAAUGAUGAAUUUUCUCAGGAUGUAAUGAGAAAGAUGGUGCUUGUUAUAAGCCACUUGAUUGGAAGAAGAUUUGUCCACCCCUCUCUGAAGCGAAGAAUUUCAAAGUGCUCUGCUUCAAAAGUGAUAUUGGAGCCUCUUCCAAAGGAUUUUGCUGAAGCUCUGAGCGACUACAAUCGUCAGGUCACAAAUAUUUUCAGCCAGUACCUCGCAACAGUUGCUAAGGACCUUGAAAAGGAAAGCGGGGAGGAAAUCAAACUUCCCUUGUCGGGUAUAGAAUUUCCAGGAAAAGUGAGCAUUGCUGAAGAAGACCUUGACAAGUACCAUGCAUUGAAAAUUCUCGCAAACACCUCUAUUCCGUACUCGGCCUGUUCUUCCUUCGCCGCACUGUCAGGAAAUACAGACGAACAGCUACAUUCUUCCAAAUCUGCAUCAGCUGAAACCCAGGAGUCAGAAGACGACGAGGAAGAACCAAUAGAACAUUUACUCAAGAUUGUUCGUCAAGAUGUCUACACAGACGUGAAUGUCGUGCCUACUCUUUCAGUCAGGGGUUCUCGACGCUUGAAUGCGUAUGCAUUGGACUUUUUCAAACAUGGAUCCUCUAAAGUUAUUGAGAGAGACAAUGGUAUCAAAUCUGGCGAGGUUUUCACUGCUCUGAAGGAUUUUUAUCUGACCAUUAAAUCAAUCAGCACUUCAUUGGAAGAGAUGGGUCCUGAAAGCGACAAUGUAGUACGGGCGUUUAAACAACUGGCCCGGGAGUACGGAGAAAAAUUCAAUAAACGGUUCAAUUCGGACAUAUGAGACAGUUUGGACGGAAGACCUAGGUAGUCUAUGGGUUUCUGCACUUAAUUCAUGUUGCAGAGGCCUCUGCCCACUCCGGCCAACUCUGUCAUGCUGAACGAGCGUAGACAGUCUCUAAAUUUGACUCUUAACCCUUUCAAUCUCUUAUAAUUAAAGCGAUAAGCACUUCAUUUCUCCCGACAGAAUCACCCCAGAAUCAAACAGCAAGGUCAUGAGGAUAAAAGGAACUAUCAGGCACGUGAACUCACGAUGCUCACGACUGUUCCACAAAUCCUCUUUAGGAGAUGUAUAGAGUACAGUAUGGAGAGCUUGCAUACUAAUGUUAGGGUUUUAAUGGAUAAUGAGAUGAUUGUUCAAGUUGUUAGUAACACAUUUUCCACAGGAUGCAGAAGCAUUAUGAAUUAUUUAAAAUAAGGCAUCGAUCGAUUCGAAGUUGCAACAUGCCCCCCCGGGCAUUUGAACUUUUAGAAUGUUGGGUAGUUCACAUCCCCUCCCAGCCAAAAUUGCGUUCAAAUGCCCCAAUUAAUUCCUUACCCAACUCGGGCAAGGUUCAAAUUCCCCAUUCCCGUCCGGGCAUGGACGACAGUCCAGGUAGCCCGUGGGGGAAAAGGGAUGUUGAAGCUUCGAAUUGAUCGGCAGAUAAAUUUGGCGUGAAACCUUGGCCCACCAUUUAAAACUAAUUUAACAAAUAUUGACAACAAAUUUUCAACAAUGUUCAAAACUAAUGGAUGGCAAUAAACUCUGUUACCUGGAA